AUGAAACCAUUCAAUAGUGGCCAUGAAGAUUUGGUUUUAGAUGUGUCAUAUGAUUUUUAUGGAAGACAUUUGGCUACCUGUUCAGCUGAUCAACAUGUUAAAGUGUUCAAAUUAGACAAAGAAAGUGAAGAAUGGAUUCUAAGUGAUAGUUGGAGAGCUCAUGAUGCUUCUGUAGUAAGUGUUGACUGGGUUGCUCCUGAAUAUGGGAGGUUAUUGGCUACGGCAUCUCAUGAUAAAAGUAUCAAAAUAUGGGAAGAAGAUCCAGAUGGUACUGAAGGUAGUGGUCGCCGAUGGACUCGUUUAGCUACCUUGAAUGAUUCUUCGGGUGCUCUAUAUGGAAUUCAAUUUGCUCCAUCACAUUUAGGUCUACGGCUAGCAAGUAUAGGUAAUGACGGAGUUUUACGUAUUUAUGAUGCUCUUGAACCACAAGAUUUACGAGUUUGGACUUUAACCACUGAAGUUAAGGUCCUUGCUAUUCCACCAGCGCAUCAAUUACAAUCAGCAUUUUGUUUAUCUUGGUGCCCAACAAGGUUUGCUCCUGAAAGAUUAGCUGUCUGUGUUUUGGAUAAGGCUCUUAUAUACCAAAGAGGCCGUAAUGGCAAAUUGCACAAUGUUGCUCGUCUAACUGGGCAUAAUGGUCUUAUUAGAAGUGUUGCUUGGGCUCCAUCGAUUGGAAGACUUUAUCAAUUAGUAGCUACAGGUUGUAAAGACGGUAAAGUCCGUAUAUUUAAAAUCACAGAAAGUACUGUUUCUGCAACAAAUAAAAAUAAUUCUAUGACAUCUAGCCAACUCACAAAAGAUGACUCUGAAAGUCAAACACUCAAUGAUGAAGAGCCAGAGAAUACUACAGAGCCAGCAUUACAAGUUGAAAUUUUAAGUGAACAUGCUGAUCAUGGUGGUGAAGUUUGGUCUGUCUCUUGGAAUAUUACGGGUACUAUUCUAAGUAGUACAGGGGAAGAUGGGAAAGUAAGAUUAUGGAAAUCAACAUACUCAAACGAAUAUAAAUGUAUGUCUGUUAUUACCUCCCAGAGUUAA